GAAAGGGUCAGCGAAAGCAUGCCCAUGAUGCCCCGUGUUCAAAGUACUGAAGAACAACGCAUAAUUUGACAUCAGCUUUGACAAGGCAAGGUGGUUCAUCUGCCCGCGAACUGACUCGCUUGUUUCUCGCGACAGUCGCGAGACUGCAAUGCCAAUCGGUAUGCUGCAGUGUUGCAGUCGAUGUAGGUGACGGCCCUAGGAGUGUAAAGAAAUGGCUACUUCUAUGUGCUCUAGUCAGCAUGCUGGGUGGAGCGCCAUGCUUUGCCCCUCGCAAAGCAGCCCCUGGGCCAGCAGGCACGGUGUCGCGCUCAUAAACCAUUCACAUGGAAGUCUUCACAAGAGCGCCGUGUUUUGCCAUAGAAUGCUGUGUAAGGCGCCCUACGCUGGGCAAGGAGCACGAGAAGCUGGAGACUGGUGGGGACUUGGUGUGGCAAGGUGCACGGCUACAUUGCUGGCCGCUGUGCCUGUGCACACUUGUAUCGGUGCCUGUUCACCCAGUCGGCCUGCAGGUGGGGCAAGGCAAAUUGGCCGCCGGAGGAGCGUGCUUGGUGGAGCAGUGGGAAUGGGGGCCGGAGAAGCGGGGCUCGAAGGAGAUGGCAACGAGGACGGAUGGGAUGACGAUGACGGCUGGGAUGACGAGGAUGGUGAAUGGGAGGAGUACGGGGAGCUAGAGGAGGAUGGGGGGGAAUGGGGGGACGCAGAGUGGGAGGAGGAGGAGGACGAUGACCAGGGGGAGGCGGAGCAGGGGCAGGCUGCAGAGGCUGCCAGGCAAGAAGAAGGUGGGGAGGAGCAGCCGCCGGUUGAAGAAGACCCGCUGGCCUCUCUCGCCAUUGACUACUCCGUUCCCUUGGAAGAGGAGGCGUGGCCCGCUGUGGCCGCGCGCGUGGGCCAGCUGGACGCGCCCGCGCUGGUGCAGUGGCUGGAGGGGCAGCCGGACUGGGAGGCCGUACUGUGGCGCCUUGUGAACGUGCCCCCGGCAGAUGGGCAGUGGACGCGCCAGGAGGCGGUGCGCCAGCGUCGGCGGUGGGUGAGCCAAGCGGAGGAGGGUGCCCUGGCCGCGGCUGCAGGCAUCGAGCUGGAGCGCGACUUGGCGGAGGAGGGUGCGCAGGAACUGAGUACGGGUGCGCAGCAGGCGGGGAGCACUGCGGCAGAGGGACUGGCGGCAGCCUAUCGGCAUGUGGCGGACCGGCGUGCGCAGAGCAGCAUGGGGCGGCUGAUUGCGGGCACGCAGGCCGUGCUGGCGGUGGAGAGCAACAAGACGGUGGCCCAGCAGCUGUCGUACUACUACCGCGGCCUGCCGCAGUGGGUGGAGGACGAGGUGGCCCCGCAAGCCCUGGGGCCCGUGGCGCGCCAGGUGGCAGCUGUGGCGCAAAACGUGCAGCAGCAGAUGGACGGCCUGUGCGGGGCCAUGGAAGAGGAGCUGCGCACUGCGGCUCAAGAGGUGUACAGCGAGCUGCGGCUGGCGGGCGCAGAGGGCCUAGCGGAUCGCGUGGGGUUCCACCUGCUGGGGGGCGUGGAGGAGGCGAAGCAGCAGUAUGCAGCGCACAAGGCGGAGCGACGUCGGCAAGUGACGGUGGCGGUGCGGGCGGAAGAGUUGGGGGCGCUGGAGACGGGGAAAGGGCUGGCGCGUGCGUACCAGGAGGACGCGCGCGAUGUGAGCCACGGCAUCCUCAGCCGGCGCGACCUGGAGGUGCGCAAGGCGUUCAUGACGCUCGAGGAGGACGAGGUGGCGCCCAAGCUGAAGAAGCCGCCCACCCACGACGAGGAGGACGCGGCCGCUGCGCAGCUGGCCCUCACGGCGUCACCGCCCCCCGCGCCCCCGGCCCCGGCCGUCAGCCAGUUCGACCCGUACGCUCUGUUCGCCGUGCGAGCCGCCCAGGCGGGGCUGCUGCCGCCGUUGAAGCAUGACGACGGGACGGUGCUGGUGUCGGAAGCGGCGCGCGCCAGGGCGUUCCAACCGUCCCUGAAGCAGCUGCGGCUGCAGCGCGAGGAGGAGAAGAAGAAAGCGAUGGGCAUCGAGUACUUCACGUCAGGCGCUGCUUCGGGCCACCACGUGGGCCCUCAGGGCGGGCGCGUGUUCCCGCCCGACGACGAGUGGCGGCCCACGCUGGGCCCGAUGAGCGUCGACGAGGAGGUGGACGCGCUGGCGGCGUACCUGCGCACGCAAAGCGAGAGCGACUACCUGCACAUGAAGGCAGCCGACAUCCAGUUUAACCGCGACCCCGUCACAUGGGACAUGACCUGGGACGACAUCAACGUCUACUUUGAUGGCGACUCCCGCAUCGAGAUCGACAAUCUCAUCAACGCCCCAGACGAGAAGCUGAGCUUUGCUGGGCCCGAGUGGGAGCGACCGCAGAGCGCCUGGGAGUUCAUCCACACGAUUGGUCGCCUCUUGCCCCCUCAGCCCGACAUCCCCGAGACUGUGGAGUACCGCAGUGUGCCCAAGUGGGAGCGCGAGUGGGGCCCUCACCCGCCGGCCAUGCUGACGCCCGAGGACGAGCCGCUGGCGGUGCCGGCCGUGGAGGAGGAGGAGCGCGGGGAGGCGGCCGCGCUGGAGCUGGCCGAGGACGUGGGCGACGAGCUGGAGGACGACGAGCUGGAGCUGGCGCUGCCCAAGGGGGCCUUCGCGGAGGAGGACGACGGCGCGAUAGCGGCAGGGGCGGGCGGCGCGCAGGGGGUCGACGUCAAAAAGUUGCUCAAGGGGGCUAAGAAGGAGUUCUCGCCGCGAAAAGGAUCGACGGACGCGCUAGAUAGAUUAAAUAUCAAAUCCUUACCGGACGAUCUAGAGCUAUUGGCCUCGGAAGAUGAGGACUACCGAUGAAAGGUUGAAAGGCUGGCGACCAGAGUAACCUCCUCAAAAUUUUCUAGCUCCGCCCCACACUUUCAGAGUGACAGUGGCUCACUAAAGUAAAUGGGGAAUGUAACGUUCGAUCUAGCGCCCAGCCGCCGUGAGGCGCGAACCGCGAUCGAAGACAUGUAUAGUAGGCAUUGUGCCGCAUAUCAUGGAUUCAUAAUUCUAGCUGAAUGCAUGACAACAAUUGUCAGAAGCGUUCGCAAUUCCAAU